ACCAAUAGAUUUAGAGUCCUAGAUCCAAUCUGCUUGUUGAGUUUAUUAUUGAUAACUGACUGUGAUCACGUUCAGUUAAACGUUCACCGUGUUGAACCCUGCAGUUCUGAGUCGGAGCUCUGUAAAUUGUGAGCACAGCACUGAAUGGAACCUAGAAAUGGCACUGCAGGUGAGAGUGAGAUUUGCUGCAGUGCUCCUGUCCGCGUUUCUGCUAUUGUGGGCCGUCUAUCGUCCCUGCCUUGCAGUUGCACAACCCAGUGAUUCCGAGAUGUCAGCGGCAUGUCCUCCCAAAGGAUCGUGUUGCAGCGCUUGCUUCCAGGGUCCCGCGGGACCAGCUGGCCUGCCUGGGAUUCCAGGCGUACCCGGUAAUAACGGCCUCCAGGGGUCAAUAGGUCAAAAAGGUGAGCCUGGCUCGGGUCUAACUGGACCCAAGGGAGACAUGGGUGAUCACGGUCAGAAGGGGGAGCAAGGAGAGCCGGGGGUUCAGGGACUCGUUGGUCAGCCAGGGAAGCUUGGGCCGGCAGGUCCUAGCGGAGAGAAGGGGGAGAAGGGAGGAAAGGGUGAGCCUGGAGAAUCGACCUACGUGACCCCAACACCGCCCUCUGUCGUCGCUUUCAGCGCUAGCCUGGGUGGUGAUUUUACAGGAAAUAGUGGCGAUGUGGUUUUUUUAACAACAUCAAAACGAACAUCGGAGACGCGUACGAUUCGGAAACCGGAGUAUUCACCUGUCUCACCGCUGGGGUUUAUUUCUUCAGCGUGACUAUCAUGGGAUAUUCCUCAGGACC